AUGGAGUUUCUGAAUGUCCCGCGAAACGAGCUUUCCGAGGCCGGGCUGGCCCGAUUGGAGGAGUACGAGAUAGCCAACGGCCCGCUAUCGAUUCUGCAGCGAGCCGUGGAGGACGGAUCGCAGGUGCUGAUCUCCUGCCGCAACAACAAGAAGCUGCUGGCCCGAGUUAAAGCGUUUGAUCGACACUCGAACAUGGUGCUGGAAAACGUUAAAGAAAUGUGGACAGAGACGCCGCGGAAUUCCAAGGGCAAGCGGGGCAAGCCCGUCAACCGGGACCGGUUUAUUUCUAAAAUGUUUCUCAGAGGAGACGGGGUAAUUCUUGUUCUGAAGGCCUAA